AUGGAGCCAACGCUGAUGAGCACAGACCGCAGCAACGGUGCGAGUUCGCCCGCAGCCAUGGCGAAGUGCAACGGCAACGUGCCGAGCGACAGCGGCAUCACUAGCAGCAGCAGCAACAGCAGCGUCCUGAAGAAGCGGAUACGCCGCAGCAGCAGCGGCGGCGGUGGUGUGUGUCCCCCAGCAACAGCAAACGUGGUGGCGCUCCCACAGCAGCAACGUGUGACGCGAGCUUCGGCGGCGGAGAGGGAGACAGAGGAUGCUUUCCCGUUGCAGCUGUCGAAUGACCGCGUCACCAAAGACACAGGCGGCAACAAGGGCAGGGCUGAGCGAAACGCUGUCACAUCCGUUACGUCGGCACCUGCAUGCAACAGCAAUGAUGCCCCUGAGGAAGGCGUGGAGAAUCCCACUUCUACUGCCACGAAUGGCUCCCUGAAAUCAUCGUCUGAAAUGAGGGCAGAACAAAGCGACUCACAGCAGCAGCAGCGACGACGACGACGGCAGUGGUGGUGGUGGCGGCAGCAGAGACGCCGGCGUCGUCGCAGCGCGAGCCAGGCCAACCGGCAGGUGGUGCGCAACAAGUGCGAGCCGGCGUCACAGGGGCGACUCUCACCAUCAAUGUGGCACAGUGCGCUCUACAUGAACCCCAAUGUGCGAUGUGUUGGGAGCGAUGGCUUGCCGUACAACCGCACGCUCAAGGAGUUGCUCCUCGCACGUGACGCAGCGCCAGCGGAUCCCGAUACGCCGUGCUUGGGGCCCUCAUCCGCGCCGUUGUGUGUGUUGCUGGACUCUGGGGCAGACAUAGGACAACUCCGCCCCCAGCUGCUGCGGCAGCAGUCGCAGGCUGGAGAAUGUAGCGACGGCAACUUAAAAGCAACUUCUCCGAUGAUCACAUUCACGUUGGAUGGUGUGGCGACGCCAAAGACGUUCGCUGCCAUAAAGCACCUGCAUCAGCAGGAACUUGAUACCGCCACGCUCCCUGCGUCUUGUGUAGCGGACGGCCACCAAAGCGGACGUGCCACACAACCGCGGCCGCCGCCACACGCGUUGCGCAUGCAGGAGCUGCCGCACCAGUUCCUCCUCCGAAACUAUGUGAAUGGGUCUUUCCUCUACUACCGCCGGGCAGAGGACAAGCAACGCUUCUUGGGUUUCUGCCGCGAGAUUCUGGCCAAGGCGCGGCCCAUAUUCGAGGCGGAGUCACUUUUUCCAUGUAUUGUGGCACCGACCUUUGUGCUUGGCGACAUCCACGGCAAUUUUGAGGAUCUCGCUUUUUUUUUACGUAAUAUUCUUAUAUUUCACGAUCUUCGGCUUACACCUGCAAAUAUCUUGUGCCUCGGGGAUUACGUCGACCGUGGGCCGUUUUCGCUCGAGUGCCUCAUGUUGUUGCUGUCGCUGAAGAUCAGCCACCCGUCGAAGGUGGUGAUGCUGCGCGGUAACCAUGAGGACCGUGUUGUGUGUGGUGAUGCGCUGACGUACGGCACUAGCUGCUUUCUUGCGCAGUGCGAGGGGCUCUAUGGUAUGGAGGAGGGCCGACAGCUCUUCAAGGAGGUGACAGCCCUCUUCCGUCACUUCCCACUUGCAGCGGAGCUCAUCAUUCCGACUGUACCGAACAUCAACAGCAGCAGCUACCACUCCAACAACAAUGACAGCGACGCCAGUGGUAACCCCGAAGGUGGGGAAGCCGUCGGAGCGGCACCCCACAUGAGGCCGGCGUCACAGAAUCCGCAGGGACGGCGAACGACGCACGAGGAGCGUGUGCUCUGCACCCACGGCGGCAUCCCGCGUUUCUUCGGUCCGCCGAAGGACGACGGCAGCCUGACGUUCCUGCGCCACGAUGACUUCCCGCGUAUGCUGACGCUGUUCCCAAACAACCCCUCCGUGAAGGACGACCCGGAGGCGCAGAUACAGCUGCUGAACACUGUUGGGCAAACACCUGCGUCGUCAACGACGACACCGAAACGCACCCUCAGCGAUGCGACGCUGCAGAAGGCGUGGUUCAUCGCGUUCGAUCUCAUGUGGUCGGACCCAACGAGCAGCGACCCCGGCGACGAGGCGAGCCAUGCCGUGGUGGACGCCAGUGUGGGGGAGCGAGUGGCGCUCAACGAGUGGGGCUUCGGCGUGAACAAGCGCGGCAGCAACGUCUUGACAUUCUCUGCUAAGGCGGUGGACACGUUCCUUCAGGCACACCAGUACAGCAUGCUGUUCCGUGCCCAUCAGGAGAAGGCGCAUGGGCUGCGGCUUAGCAAGAGCAGCAAGGUGCUGACCAUCUUCAGCAGCUCCAACUACCUCGGCCACGGCAAUGGGGCGGGGUGCGUCGUGGUGGCCGCCGACGGAGAAAUUCAGCUCGUCGAAAAGAUGAGCAGCUGA